AUGAAGUACCUUCCCCUUCGCGAUUUCGAAGACGCGACGAAUGCGCUCAACUUCGACACGCCCGACUGCCACGUUGUCGGUGGCUGCGAUCUCUACACAACCAAGGCCGCUGGAAGCGACAAGAAGCUAUACAAGAACAUCGAGAGCUCGCUGGAGUCGCAGCACGAAUCAGUGCUGCGACUGUCGGCGUCUCUGUCACCACCACAAGCCGAGUCGCUGGCAGGGUCGUUGAACCUGUCGCGUUCGAGCCCGUUCGGACCCCUGAGCCAGAUCUCAAGUCGGCGGACGUUCGCGUACCUGAUCGCGACACUGAACGCCAGUCAUCCGGACUACGACUUCUCACACAUCCUGCGGCCGAGCGAUUUCCGCAAAGAGCGCAGUCUGCGUGCCGUGAUCAACACGAUCGACACGACACUGUACAACCUGCGGCCGCGGCCCUCGGGUGCGCUGCUGGCAGUACCGCCCGCAUCAAGCGGUGCAGCAGGUAACGGCGGUGGACGCUCCUCACCCGGCGGCGCCGCCCAGGCCUGGGGUCCUCGCAUGUGGCGGCUCAUCGACAACGAGAUGGGCCUGCGCGACUGCGCUGUCUACAGCUACGCACCCGAGGAGGACCCCUUUGACGGCGAGGAGGGUUCCAUCUGGUCGCUGAAUUAUUUCUUCUUUAAUAAGCACCGCAAGCGCGUGUGCUACCUCUACUUGCGCGGUCUGAGCGCCAUGUCGCACUCACCGGUAAUGCGGCCGACGCACGUGAGCGUGGGCACCAAGGGACUUCAGCGCGGCGGCAGCUACCUAUCCGCAGGUCUGCAGCGUCGCCGGGGUAGUCGAGGCGGCAGUGCUGGUAGUGGUUUUGGCGAUGGAAGCAGUGCGGCGGCCAAGCGCGCGAGUUACUGGUUGGGCGACGUGGCAGAAGGCCGCCGCGUGAGCGGAGGCUGGCCCGACGACGACGAUGAUGACGUCAUGGUAAUUGCGGACCCGGGCGACGACGAGGUCUACCGCGACGAGGAGUUCAUGGACGAGUUUCCGGAUGACGACCUUGACGAGGUGGAUGAAGAAGAAGAGGACGAGGACGAGUAUGACGAAGCGGCGGUGCAAGACCAACGCCAGCGCGAGCGUGAGAAGAGCGCUGUGCGCGAUAUGAACGAACACGUCGCCGACACGAUGGAAUUGUGA